UGGGAAUAAAUUGUUAUGAUGCAUUCAAAAAGGAAUAUUUUACACUUCGUGGUAUAAUAAUUAGUUGGUUAGGUGAUACACCAAGAUUAACAAAAUUAAUGGGUCUUACUGGGCAUAAUAGUUAUCAAGGUUGUCAGGAUAUCAUAUAUUUAUUCUAUGAAAAUAUUGCAAAGUAUAUGUUUAAACAUUGGACUGGAAUAUUCUUUUUAGAUGCAUCACAAAACAAUGAGCCAUAUGUACUUGCAAAAUCAGUAUAA